UAGUAUCGUGUAAACAUCGAAUUCAAUUCCAGCUCUAGCAGCAACAACAAUAUGUCAGAAAUCACCGCAAAUAUUGUUUAUCCCCCAGUUAAUAACGGAGCCCAACGAUCGGCCGCGUAAUGACAACCGACGAGAGCAUAAUGGAGGAGAUGCUGGAAAGAGCAACAAAUCCGGCAAAGAAAAUCGACGAACUGGGCGUGCAAAUGUUCUGCAUUGUGGUCAAAAGCAAUGCUCAGUUAGUCCACAAGGCGCAAGAAAUGAUUGUGGCCAAGGUGCGAUCUUCCAACGUUACGGAGGCAACGCGAGCGAUUUCGCUGCUCGAAGAGUGCAUGACGCAGUGUGGCGACGACUUCCAGGACGAAGCGUCUAAGUUUCGCUUCCUUAACGAACUGAUACGCUUGGUGUCCAAAAAGUACAAGGGCGCCGAAACGCCGCACGAGGUUAAACAACGGAUCAUGGAAUGCCUCCUCCUGUGGACCACGGAGUUUCCACAGCGCCAGAAGAUCCGCGAUGCCUACGAUAUGCUUCGGAAGGAGGGGGAUAUUGAACACGGCACAACGGAGGCGGCAGUUGCCAAAAGGGAGAGUGUUCUGGGCACCAUCGACGAGGCUAUGUUCGCCAAGCUCGUCAAAAGCAAUAAUCCGGAAAACUUCAAACGGGCCAAUCUCCUUCUGCAAUAUCGGAUGGCGCAGGAGGCGCGACGUAACGAUCUGCUGGCUCAGCACCGCCUUGUACUUAGCGAAGUGCAGGAGACAAUGCAAUUGCUUAAUCAGAUGCUAGACACCUACGACCCCUCCAACCAGGAUGUCAGCGAGACACUGCACGAGCUCUACAAGAGCUGCAAAAAGCACAAGCCAAUUUUUCAACAUUUGCCGCAGCUGCUCGACGACUCCGAUGCCCAGCUUGUAGCUGACACAUUGGAUGCUAAUUGCGCUCUACUGACAACCAUGCAACGCUACAAGCUAUUAGUGCCCUCGCCCACGAAAAGCACUGCUCCUACUCUGACGACGAGUUCUUUAACAUCGACAUCCACUGCAAAGUCCACAUUCAAUUCGACCACAGCUUCGAGCUCCAAUAAUGCACUGCUGCUAAAUGAACUCCUUGGGGAUUUGCUAAUCAGUGGGACCAACGUAAGUGCUGAGGCUACCACCAAUACACCAAAUACCGGCACCAGUAAUUCCAAUUCCACGGCAACCGGAGGGGAUCCGCUCGCCGAUUUAAGUGACAUAUUUAGCAGCGCACUAGCCGAAAGCGAAGCCAAAAAGAACCCAUCAUUCCAAAAUUCGACCACUUUGCUAGAACCGCAGGUGUUAAGCCAAGGCCCUGUAAGCGAGGGAUUUGCCAAUGGCAAUGGUGGAGACUCCAGCAAAAUACCGGGAACGGCCAGAAAGAUGCCGCAAAUCGAUAUGCUUAGCGAAGAGCUCUUCCAGCAGAUUCUGCCCUCUCAGGAUCGGAUGGCCAGCUUUAAGCGGGAUCCCGAAAAGCUCACGCUGAACGACUUGGCCCGGGAAAGGAUACAGGUUAAGACACCAGAGGAGCUCGCGGCAGCACCCGCUCCUACUCCUGCUCCAGCUGCUGCUUCUACUGAUCCCAUAGAUGAUGAACCUCUGCUCAGCGAAGAUGUAGAUAAAACCGACGAAGCCCUGGCAGGUUCAGUGGCUCCGGUUGUUCCUCCGGCUAAGCCGCUUAGCGAAAUUCACGUGGAACUGGACAAUAUUCAGGCCACCGGCGAGCAGCGUAUCGUCCUUGACGACGAUGACAUGCAGCUCAGUCUGAACUUCACCAGCGAUCGGCCCGGCCAUCGUGUAUCGGUCAUUGUGAUAUCGGCUCAGAACAAGAGUCGGCAACCAGUUCAUGACUUUCAGUUCGAGGCCAGUGUGAAGAAGCCAUGCAAAGUGCGAUUGCUGCCUCCGACUGACAGCCAUAUGCCGCCCCACAAACCCUUUCGCCCGGCUACGCCCAUCAACCAGGUUAUGCUUCUCCUAAAUCCCACUGGCAAAGCUGUGGACGUUACCUGCAUUGUGGGCUACAAACUGGGCGACGAUCCAGACCCCAUCAAAGAAUCGAUUGUGGCCCAGGGCAUCGACUACGUGGACUAGAACCACCAGACGCCAGCUUACUCCGCUCCCGUCCACUUAAAACCCAUCAAAAAAAGCAAACCCAAGCUAAAAAGUCAAUUUUCCACUUAUGUGUUGCUCCCAUCAUCUUACCUCUGUCUAAAAGAUAAAGUUGGUUUUUGAUUUAUGUAUUCUAUGUAUAUUUAUGCCAGUAAGAUUUUAUUCAAAUUGCAUUUUGCAUACACACGUUUAGUCGUAAUAUAAUGAUGUAUCAAAAGUUUAUAAAUUACGAAAAAGUCGCUACAAAA